AUGGGACACAAAGGAAUCUCGGUGACAGGCCUGGUCUGCGGCAUUUCUUUCUUUCUUUUACUGCUGCACUCCACCUAUGGAGACGUGAGCUAUUCUUUUCCGGAGGAGAUGAAACGCGGUUCAGUUAUUGGAAAUAUAGCCAAGGAUCUCGGGCUGCAGGCGAGGAGACUUUCUAUUCGUAAGGCCCGUACUGACACCGAAGGGAACGACAAUCGGUACUGUGACGUUAAUUUGAGUACCGGGGAUUUGAUUGUUGCCGAGAGGAUUGACAGAGAGGGGCUUUGUGGCGAAAAGUCUUCAUGCGUUUUAAAACAGGAACUUGUAUUAGAGAAUCCUUUGGAGCUUCAUCGUAUCAACCUCCACAUCCAAGAUAUUAACGAUAACGGACCACUUUUUAACGAGGAUAUGAUACAUAUGGAAAUAGGAGAAUCGGCAGCUAAAGGCACUCGUUUCCCAUUAGAGGAAGCUCAUGAUGCGGACAUAGGACAGAACUCUGUCCAAAAAUACACACUAGAACGAAAUGAGAAUUUUGUAUUGGCUGUAGAUAGUAAUACUGUCCAGCUUGUUCUAGAUAAAGAGCUUGAUCGUGAACAACGAUAUGAUAUGAAGCUGUUGCUUACAGCUGUAGAUGGGGGCACUCCGCAGAAAUCAGGUACUGUAGUCAUACACGUCACUGUACUAGAUGCUAACGAUAACGCACCAGUGUUUAGCCAGGCCAUCUAUAAAACCAGCCUGCCUGAAAACUCUCAUUUAAAUACUGCAGUAAUUACAGUGAAGGCUACCGAUGCAGACGAGGGAGUGAAUGGGGAGGUCACGUAUGACUUUGGCCGUGUUUCAGAAGAAGUAAAGAAAAUAUUUUCUAUCGACCGUAAAACAGGAGAAAUUGGUGUAAUAGGCACAAUUGAUUUUGAAGCGGUUUCGUCAUUUGAAUUGCGUAUCAAAGCGAAAGAUGGUUUAGGUUUAGCAUCAUAUGCCAAAGUUAUAAUAGAAAUCACUGAUGUUAAUGACAACGCUCCUGUGAUUUAUCUACAAUCUCUGACUAACCCCAUACCUGAGAACGUGUCUCCUGGUACAGAGGUGGGCAUCAUUAACGUGCAGGAUAGAGACUCUGAGAAUAACCGACAGGUCCGCUGCUCCAUUCAGCAAAACCUUCCCUUUAAGCUGGUGCCAUCCAUCAAAAACUACUAUUCUCUGGUGACCACGGGUGAACUGGACCGAGAACUAGUGUCUGAUUACAAUAUUACAAUCACUGCCACCGACGAGGGCUCUCCACCUCUGUCCUCCUCUAAAAGUGUUCAGUUAUCUGUAGCUGACGUCAACGACAACCCACCUGUGUUUGAGGAACAGUCCUAUAAAGCCCAAAUGACUGAAAAUAACAAACCCGGUUCCUCCGUGUGUUCCGUUACUGCACGUGACCCAGACUGGAGACAGAACGGAACAGUGAUUUAUUCUCUCUUACCUGGUGAGGUGAAUGGUGUUCCUGUGUCCUCGUUUUUAGCCGUUAACGGAGACACGGGGGUGAUCCACGCUGUGAGGUCGUUUGAUUAUGAACAGUUCAGGAGUUUUAAAGUCCACGUGGUGGCCAGAGACAACGGUUCUCCUCCACUUAGCAGCAACGUCACGGUCAGUGUGUUCAUAACAGAUGUGAAUGACAACUCUCCUCAGAUACUAUACCCCGCCCCGGAAGGGAACUCCUUCAUGACCGAGCUGGUCCCAAAAGCUGCGCACGGGGGCUCUCUGGUUUCCAAGGUGAUAGCGGUGGACGCAGACUCAGGCCAGAACGCCUUGCUUUCUUAUCAUAUCGUCAAAUCCACUGAUUUGGGACUUUUCACUAUUGGUCUCCACAGUGGAGAGAUCAGGACACAGCGGGACAUUUCUGAAUCUGACAGCAUGAAACAUAACCUCAUUUUGUCAGUGAAAGAUAACGGACAGCCCUCUCUCUCUGCCACCUGUACCAUGUAUUUAGUGAUUUCUGAUAACUUGGCUGAGGUGCCAGAACUGAAAGAUGUCUCGUAUGAUGAGAGCAAUUCCAAACUCACCUCUUAUCUGAUCAUCGCGCUGGUGUCCGUCUCCACUUUUUUCCUCACCUUCAUCAUUGUCAUCCUGGCGGUGAGGUUUUGCCGCAGGAGAAAGCCCAGACUGUUGUUUGACGGAGCGGUCGCCAUCCCCAGCGCGUAUCUCCCUCCCAACUACGCAGAGGUGGAUGGCGCAGGAACUCUCCGAAGUACUUACAAUUAUGACGCAUACCUGACGACGGGUUCGCGAACAAGUGACUUCAAGUUCCUCACAUCUUACAAUGACAACACGCUGCCUGCAGACCAGACUCUGAGAAAAACUCCAAAUGACUUUGCUGAAGAUCUUGACGAUUCUGAAGGGUCCCCAGAGUGUCGCUGUUCACCAGCUGUGUUUGGAUAUAUCCAGUUCUCCACCCACUGCUGUUGUUACAAGGCUCGGGUGUUCGGGAUGGGCCACAAAGGAAUCUCGGUGACAGGUCUGGUCUGCGGCGUUGCUUUCUUUCUUCUACCGCUGCACUCGGCCUAUGGAGACGUGAGCUAUUCUUUUCCGGAGGAGAUGAAACGCGGAUCUGUUAUUGGAAAUAUAGCAAAUGAUCUCGGGCUGGAGGCGAGCAAACUGUCCGCUCGUAAUGCCCGAGUUGAUACCGAAGGGAACCGAAAACGUUAUUGUGACAUUAAUCUGAGUACAGGGGAUUUUAUUGUUGCCGAAAGGGUUGACAGAGAGGAGCUAUGUGGAGAAAAGAUGUCCUGUAUUCUUAGGUUUGAGUUGGUCUUAGAGAGUCCUCUGGAGUUGCAUCGUAUAUCACUUCAAAUCCAAGAUAUCAACGACAAUACACCUAUCUUUCCAAAGGAUACAAUCAAACUGGAAAUAGCGGAAUCCGCAUUCAAAGGUGCUCGCUUUCGUGUAAACGCAGCUCACGACGCGGAUAUAGGACAGAAUGCUGUUCAAAGCUACACACUGCAGAGAAAUGAUCAUUUUGCUUUAAGUGUUCAAACGACUGCUGCCGGUAGUAAAUAUGGAGAGUUGGUUUUAGAUAAAGAGUUAGAUCGUGAACAACAACAAGAGUUGAAAUUAUUGCUUACAGCUGUAGAUGGGGGCACUCCGCAGAGAUCAGGUACUGUAGUCAUACACGUCACUGUACUGGAUGCUAACGAUAAUGCCCCAGUGUUUAACCAGGCCGUCUAUAAAGCCAGUCUGCCUGAAAACUCUCCUUUAGGUACACUAGUUCUUACUGUCAGCAGUACUGAUGCAGAUGAAGGAAUGAAUGGAGAAGUGACGUAUGAAUUUAGUCGAAUGUCUGAUAAGACAAGGAAAGUGUUUACAUUGAAUCACGUAACAGGAGAAAUGACAGUAGUAGGAGCGUUAGAUUACGAAGAUGAAUCCAAAUAUGAAAUGUUCAUAGAAGGAAAAGAUGGUUAUGGACUUUCCUCAGACACUAAAGUCAUAAUAGACAUCACUGAUGUUAAUGACAACGCUCCUGUGAUUUAUCUACAAUCUCUGACUAACCCCAUACCUGAGAACGCGUCACCUGGUACAGAGGUGGGCAUCAUUAACGUGCAGGAUAGAGACUCUGAGAAUAACCGACAGGUCCGCUGCUCCAUUCAGCAAAACCUUCCCUUUAAGCUGGUGCCAUCCAUCAAAAACUACUAUUCUCUGGUGACCAUGGGUGAACUGGACCGGGAACUAGUGUCUGAUUACAACAUUACAAUCACUGCCACCGACGAGGGCUCUCCACCUCUGUUCUCCUCUAAAAGUGUUCAGUUAUCUGUAGCUGACGUCAACGACAACCCACCUGUGUUUGAGGAACAGUCCUAUAAAGCCCACGUGACUGAAAAUAACAAUCCUGGUUCCUCCGUGUGUUCCGUUACUGCACGGGACCCAGACUGGAGACAGAACGGAACAGUGAUUUAUUCCCUCUUACCUGGUGAGGUGAACGGUGUCCCUGUGUCCUCGUUUUUAUCCGUUAAUGGAGAAACGGGGGUGAUCCACGCUGUGAGGUCGUUUGAUUAUGAACAGUUCAGGAGUUUUAAAGUCCACGUGGUGGCUAGAGACAACGGUUCUCCUCCACUCAGCAGCAACGUCACGGUCAGUGUGUUCAUAACAGAUGUGAAUGACAACUCUCCUCAGAUACUAUACCCCGCCCCGGAGGGGAAAUCCUUCAUGACCGAGCUGGUCCCCAAAGCUGCGCACGGGGGCUCUCUGGUUUCCAAGGUGAUAGCUGUGGAUGCAGACUCCGGCCAGAACGCCUGGCUGUCCUAUCAAAUAGUCAAAUCCACUGAUCCGGGACUUUUCACUAUUGGACUCCACAGCGGAGAGAUCAGGACACAGCGGGACAUUUCUGAAUCUCACAGCAUGAAACAGAACCUCAUUGUGUCAGUGAAAGAUAACGGACAGCCCUCUCACUCUGCCACCUGUACAAUUUAUCUAGUGAUUUCAGAUAACUUGGCUGAAGUGCCCGAACUGAAAGAUGUAUCUUAUGAUGAGAGCAAUUCCAAACUCACAUCUUAUCUGAUCAUCGCGCUGGUGUCUGUCUCCACAUUUUUCCUCACCUUCAUUAUUGUCAUCCUGGCCGUGAGGUUUUGCCGCAGGAGAAAGCCUAGACUGUUGUUUGACGGAGCGGUCGCAAUCCCCAGCGCGUAUCUCCCUCCCAACUACGCAGAGGGGGAUGGUGUGGGAACUCUCCGCAGCACUUACAAUUAUGAUGCAUUCAUGACGACGGGUUCGCACACAAGUGACUUCAAGUUCGUCACAUCUUACAGUGACAACACACUGCCUGCGGACCAGACUCUGAGAAAAACUCCAACAGACUUUGCCGAAGAACUUGAUAUCUCUGAUGGCUUCCCAGAGCACUGA